UAUCCCAUUCCGGCACUGAGAUAAGUAGGAUUGCUACACCGACACUACACUUGGUCCCUCGACCAGAAACCCAAAAAUCUUUGAAUCAAGAUACGCGACAUGCUUCUGAACCUGCUGCUCAAUAUACCCAUUUCGACAUGGGCAAUAACCGCCGCAAUCACCAUACUGGUCAUCAUCUUGAAAAGGCGCUAUGUCUCGCCAAUUAGCGACAUACCAGGACCUUUACUGGCGUCUUUUUCUACGCUUUGGCAGGUUUAUCAUCUAAUCAAGGGACAUACGGAGGAAGAGAUGAUUAAACUACAUAAAAAGAUGGGAAGUUUGGUCCGUGUUGGCAUAAAUGAAGUCAGUGUUUCUCAUCCAGAUGCGGUGGAAUUAAUACUAUGUGCAGACCUUGAUAAGGGCCGCUGGUAUGGAGUCUUUUGUUUUCCAGACUUUAACCACAUCAACCUAAUGUCUGAGCUGAACCACGGACGCCAUCUUCAAAAAUCCCGAAAUGUCGCAACUGGCUACGCAGCAUCCAAAAUAAAUGGAUCAGAGCGCUAUGUAGACGCAAUUCUAGAAGAAUUAGAGUCACAAUUCGACCGCUUAUCAACUUCAAACUCGCCAAUUGAACUUGACCGCUGGUUCAAUUUUUUCGCCUUCGACGUCGUUGGAGAAGUCACUUUCUCUAAAGCUUUUGGAUUCGUGGAGACAGGCACUGAUAUUCGAAAUGCAAUCGCAAAUACUCGUGCUUUGGCACUCUAUCUUGCCAUCAUGGGGCAUUAUGUCUGGUUACACAAUCUGACUUUGGGCCAUCCGUUCCUCAGUCGUAUUGGACUGCAACCUUCAUCUCAUAUUUUUGAUACCUGCUUAGCUGCUAUUGAUGCACGGAAACACAAUCCCGAGGUAAGAAAUGAUAUGAUGGAGCAAUGGCUAAGUGCUCGUCGCAAAUAUCCAGAUCUCAUGGAGGAGUCAGAAGUGUUUGGGGCUGCCGUUGCCAAUAUUGGUGCCGGAGCAGAUACUACUAGCGCGACGCUACAGGCGUUGUUCUAUUAUCUUCUACGCAAUUCGAAAUAUUUGAAGAAAGUUCGAGAUGAAAUUGAGGCUGUUCUUGGUCGUGGACCUUAUGAGUCUGUUGUUUCGUUUGAGGAUGCUUCAAAGCUGUCGUAUCUUCAAGCUUAUUAAAGAAUCUUAUCGAUAUCACAGCGCAACUGGAACUGGACUUUCUCGGGUUGUCCCAGCAGGGGGUUUGUCCAUUGAUGGCCAUCAUUUCACGGAAGGGGUAAUAUUGAGCGUAAAUCCUUGGGUCUUCCACCGCAACCCAGCUCUAUUCGGUGAAGACUGCAACGAAUUCAAUCCAGAGCGCUGGCUUGAUUCAGAGCGCGCAGCCCAGAUGAAUCAUUAUUUAUUGCAUUGGGGAGCAGGCUCCAGAAAGUGUCCAGGCCGACAUCUGGCUCAUUUCGAAAUUUCCAAAGUCGCUGCAACAUUGCUGCGUGAUUACGACAUUGAGCAGGUUGAUCCAGAAACAGAAUGGACGUUCGAGACGCAUUUCACUGCCGUUCCGUAUAAUUGGCCGUGUCGGCUGCGAAGGCGUCCAAAGCAACAACAUGCCUAACAAACAUCCUAGGGUUUGGGGCUAGAACAGACAGUGGCUGAAGUGUGGAUACUUCAGCUGGCUAUGGUAAUAACGUAUUACUGGGAAACAACAUGAAUGUCUCUUAUAUAGGAUGCACGCUGUGAAAACAGAAGAAAUAGGUUUCAGUACAUUGACAUCCAUACUCUAUUUUGUGUGCUUACCCUUCUGUGAUCCCUCUCGAAUGUAACUAUACAUACCCUACGUAACGUUGUUACAUUCAAUAUGUAAAGUUAAUAAUGCACAUGAGUCACAAUCACA